AUGAAUAUUGCAUCCGAGAGAGCCUACAACACACCUUUGGCUAAUUCAACAUUUCUGCCUUUUCUUCUUCUUUCUCUUUCUUCGCAGAAGCAUGCUCCCAAAACAGCAACCAGCGUGGCAUCGGAAUAUGAUUACAUCAUUGUCGGUGCAGGAGCAGCAGGGUCCGUGUUAGCAAACCGAUUGUCGGAACUACCUUGCAUGAAGAUCCUUGUACUAGAAGCUGGAAAGUCACCUCCUUUGUUGACAGAUGUGCCGGGCAUCGCCCGCGCGUUUUGGUUCUCGGACAUUGACUGGAAGUACAGGACAGCGCCCCAGAAACAUACCGGAAGCGGACUCAUUAACAGGCAAGUGGUCUGGCCGAGUGGAAAGGCAAUAGGCGGGUCUACAGUAUUCGGUGGCAUGCUCAGCGUGCGUGGCAACCGAAAAAACUAUGACGACUGGGCAGCCUUGGGAGCAGAAGGAUGGAGUUACAAAGAUGUCCUACCCUAUUUUAAGAAAAUGGAAGAUAAUCGAGAUGCAGAAUUCGUUUCAAACGGAUAUCAUGGUGUUGGUGGUAAGGUAACCGUUCAUAGACCGCGAUACGACUCUGAAAUAACGGGACCUUUAAUUGAAGCAGCGAAGACCAUUGGAUAUACAGUAAAUGAUCCAAAUAGCCGUAGGCAAUCCGGCUUCUACAAUCAGCAGUCAACUUUGAGAGCAGGUCAACGCUGCAGCGCUGCGAAGGCUUAUCUUGUCCCCGCGGAAAAUCGGACAAAUUUGGAUAUCCUACCCAAUGCCAUGGUUCGAAAGGUUAUUAUCAGAAAACGCAAAGCAAUAGGCAUUCAGUUCGACUAUCAAGGCCGGACGUAUGAAGUCAGGACGAGGAAAGAGAUCAUCCUAUCAGCUGGAACAACAAACACUGCCCAGCUACUCAUGAUGUCUGGAAUCGGUCCUCGAAAAGAUUUAGAACGACAUAAAAUUCCUGUCGUAGCAGAUCUACCAGUAGGAAAAAACUUACAAGAUCACUGCAGUGCAAAUGCGAACUUUCUUCUUGAGCCAAAUAUCGCAGAAAUACGACAAAAACUUUCAAAUCCAUCUAAUAUUGCACAAUAUCUUCAAAACAGAACAGUUCACAUGCUUCAACCCAGAAGCAGAGGAACUGUAACACUUAAAUCAUCUGAUCCUUACGACCCACCUGUUAUUGAUCCUAAUUAUUUCGAAGAUCCAAAAGAUAUAGAAGAUAUUGUGCAAGGACUGAAAACGUGUAUGAGGAUAAGCAACACGCCGGCUAUGAGGAAAGUUGGCUCCAGACCUUUUGAAACUACCUAUCCAGGUUGUGAAAAAUAUGCCCAUGACGAAGAUUCCUACUUAUGGUGCCAAGUAAAGUCUGUCGUAGUAACGCAGUCAAACCCAGUUGGAACGGCGAAGAUGGGGAACGUGUAUGAUCCCAGCGUCGUUGUGGAUCCUCAGUUAAGAACUCUAGUUCACGUCCUACCUGCACUUAUGGAUAAUAUAGAUGAUCAGCAGUACAGAACUCCGCUCUCUUCAUCAGCCAUCCUACCCAUGUUAAUGUUAUCCCUUGCUUCACAAAGGCAUACGCCGACAACAAAGAACAGAUUCAAAUCCGAGUAUGACUACAUUGUAGUUGGCUCCGGAGCUGCUGGAUCAGUCGUUGCCGCCCGGUUGUCCGAAAUGCCAUGCGUUAGUGUUCUCUUGCUCGAAGCUGGUAAACCUACACCUAUCCUGACAGAGGUUCCUAGUAUAGGUAGAGCAUUCGUGUUCAGUGACAUCAACUGGAUGUAUCGAACAACUCCUCAGAGACACACUGCAUCGGCUUUGGUGAAUCGGAUUCCUUUUGUUGCGGAUUUGCCAGUUGGUUUAAAUCUUCAAGAUCAUAUUGCUGGUAUUUUAAACUACGUUCUAAAGGAUGAGAACAUAGAACCCAUUGAUAAAAGAUUACUGGACAAAGAAAAUAUUGAAACCUACAUUAACACUCGAAUAGGUCCUCUGGUCUCUACAACGGGCAUUCACUUGACAGCAUUUCUGAGUAACGACUUUGAAAAAAUUAAAAACGACAUUCCUGAUUUUCAGUUGUAUUUUCUGGAAAUCAAUUCUUUCUUUGCCAAGACUCAAGUGGGAUAUACUCCAGAAGUAUUCCAAAAAGUGUUUGGACCAUAUUUAAAUGAAUCAAUCCAUUUAUGCCUAUCACAGAUACUUCAUCCCAAGAGUAGAGGAUCUGUUCGCUUGCGAACAACAAACCCUUACGAUCCGCCUGACAUAGAUCCCAACUAUUUUGAACAUCCUCAAGAUUUGCAAGACGUCGUGGAAGGUAUGAAAGCUUGCAUGAAGAUUUUGUCAAGUCCGGAAAUGCGUCAAGUAGGCUCAGAACUGUUCAACACAACCUUGCCAAACUGUGAAAAAUUCAGGCACGAUGUCGAUCUCUUCUUGAAAUGCAAUGUCAGGGGAGCAGUUAUAACUAUAAGUCACCCAGCUGGGACGGCUAAAAUGGGGGAUCCAACUGAUCCAACUACAGUUGUCGAUCCAGAGCUUAGGGUGAAAGGUGUUAAGGACUUGAGAGUUGUCGAUGCUUCCAUCAUGCCAACUGUUAUUUGGGGAAAUACAAACAUCCCAACAAUGAUGAUUGCUGAAAAGGCUUCUGACAUGAUCAAAAAAGGUGUGGCAUGUUCCGAACAUAACGUGUACUCCAAAUGAAAGAUCUUCUAUUUUUGUAAAAUUACUCAUUUUCAAAAGAUUUUCAUAGUCACUUUGAGAAGUGAGAAGCAAACAGUAGACUUUUAAAGUUUUGAGUAAAAU